AGACAGCCUCAGCGCGCAGAUCUUGCCUGCCGGAGGAGACAGACAGACAGACAGACAGCCGCACAGGCGGAGGGAAGGAGGGAGGGGAGCAGGAGGAGGAGAAUAAAAGAGACUUCGUCUGCUCUGCAUGAGGAAAAGUCCUCCUCCUGGUGCUUCGGCGGCGUGUAGGGCUGUCAUGAAGGAAAGAAUACUUUCCAUUUCAAAUUCAGCACCUGGGCAGUGACUCCCCAUUGAACUAUUUUCAAAGAUACACUAUGGCUCUCCCUGUGUUCGUCUUACUUACCUGAGGGAAAGGUGAAGCCAUAAGAAAACACAGAAGACAAGUGAAGACCUGAUUCGGAUGAAUCUGAAAGAGACAAACACCAGUGAUGUUCUCUGAACUUAGUGUUAGAACUACAUUUUGAAAACUGCAACUUUUAAAAAUGUGUGGAAUGACUGCUUUCCUUUACUCAGACACCAUGGCCAAAAUUCUCUGGCGGGAUGGUUGAGGCACCUGACCUUUGCAUUUGAAUUUGACACACAUCCUUUUUACCAAGGGCUCAAAGAAUCUGGGAACAGGUGGGAAUUGGAUAUGUCAAAUGGUGGACUGCGGGGAAGAAAUGGACACUGAUAGGCAAAGAUGGAAGUAACUUGACUGCUUCAAACCUAAAGUUGCCUCUAAAAGGACAGCUUAAGACUGGAAUCACAAACUUUCGGGGAGAGCAGUAUGCAGGAAGCUGGUUUCCAGGCUACAAAUGCUUUCACAGAGUGCAAAUUCACCUGCACCAGUGGUAAAUGCUUGCAUCUUGGCUCACUGGUCUGUAACCAACAAAAUGAUUGUGGGGAUAAUAGCGAUGAAGAGAACUGCUUGCUUGUAACAGAGCAUCCACCUCCAAGCAUUUUCAGCUCGGAACUAGAGUUCGUUCAGAUUAUCAUCAUAAUUGUGGUGAUAACUGUUAUGAUAGUAGUGAUCAUCUGCUUGCUGAACCAUUAUAAAGUAUCAACACGGUCCUUCAUAAGUCGGCAGAGCCAAAGCAGGAGGCAAGAGGAAUCCUUACAACCGGAGCGGUGUUUGUGGCCUUCUGAUAGCUCGACUUCUCGUCAGGCAGCUUCUGAGAUUAUGUAUGCCCCACGAUCCAGAGACAGGUUUACUGCCCCAUCCUUUAUGCAGCGAGAACAUUUCAGUCGCUUCCAGCCAACCUAUCCAUACAUGCAGCAUGAGAUUGACCUUCCUCCUACUAUCUCCCUCUCUGAUGGCGAAGAGCCACCACCAUACCAAGGGCCAUGCACACUGCAACUUCGGGACCCAGAACAGCAGAUGGAACUCAACAGAGAAUCUGUGAGAGCGCCACCCAACAGGACUAUAUUUGACAGCGACUUGAUAGACAUUUCAAUGUACAGUGGGGGCCCUUGCCCACCAAGCAGCAAUUCGGGCAUAAGUGCAACCAAUUAUAGCAGUAAUGGAAGGAUGGAAGGACCACCCCCAACUUACAGUGAGGUCAUGGGGCAUUACCCUGGUUCCUCUUUUUUCCAUCACCAGCAAAGCAAUGCACCUCCUUCAUCACAGAGGGGGAGCAGACUUCAGUUUCAGCAGAACAAUUCGGAGAGCACAAUAGUCCCUGUUAAAGGCAAAGACAGGAAACCAGGAAACCUCGUCUAGGUUCCUCUUCCAUGUGUACUUGAAGAGAGACAGGAGAAUAAAACAGGAGCAUGAUGGAAGUUUCUAUGCUCCUGUGCACAAUAUUAAGUUUAAUGUGAUGCAGUUUAGUAAAACCAAACGUGCAAAGCUGUUCUUUGUUUCUGAAUCCUUUCAGGGAAUUGCAUGAAAAGUAGUUUGAAAUAAUUACAACCUUCCAUACAGUUUGGCCAUAAGCAGUGUUUUUGGGGAAAAUAUAUUAUUUUUUUUAAUAAUCUAUUUGAAUUAUUUAAUUCUAAGAGGUAACUUAGCACAGAAAUAUGGCUUGGUCAGCCUGUUUUAUAGCAAGUGAAUGGCUUAAAAAAAGAGAAAAAGAAAGGGUUACUAGGUAAAUUGAGGCAAAAUUGGCCAGUUUGCUUACCCUUCCCCCUCUCCAAGUAUGGAAUUUCUUUUUAUCUCACUUGGGAUUUUUGUUUUGUGUGCCAAGGUUUAAAGGGUUAGGGAAAAAAAGCUAGGUGAAUGCGAGGAGUUAAUUUGUGUUGUGAUACAGUUGUGUUAAAUUUGCACUAUCUUAUAUAUAUACAUAUAUAGGUAUAUGUGUGUGUGUGUAUACAUACAUAUACAUAUAUAUAUACACAUAUACACAUACAUACAUACAUACAUACAUAUAUAUAUAUAUAUAUAUAUGAGGGGACUGUUUUACAUGAAGUUAUAUGCAUCAUCUUUUCACCUGUGGAAUUAUUAGCUCCAAGAAAUCCUCUUAAGGACAGCCCAGACCUUUGUUGAUAAUCACGGAGCAGGGACUAUUGGAUAUAAUUGGACCUCUUAUCACUUUACAUGAAUAAAAAUGAGUAAAAACAUCUUAAUGCAACAUUUUGCAAUAAUUUUGCAUUUGAAUAGAGCAGCAACAAAUUGUCUAGGAACAUAUGGGUGGAAGAAAGCAAAUGUGAAGUUGCCUUCUCUAGGUGGUUUUAGCUAUAAGCCAUUUAUUUAACUAGAAGCAGAUGCCAGCCACAUUACUUAUUUUGUAACUAUAGUUAUAGCUUUACUGCUUGUCACCCCUUUUUUAAAUAAUGCAGUAUUGGCAGUACCUAAAGCUUUUGCAGAUUUUUAUCUUCACUGUAGCCCAUAAUAUAUUCAGACACAUAGCCUGACAUCAUACAAUAAAUGUAUUAUGAUUUUUUUUGCUGUUAAAUCACAUUUUUUGUGUUUUAUAUUAUAUUUUGUGUCUUAGUUCUGUAAAGACAGUGGAUCUCUGUAGCUCUCCUCCCAGUCUCGGCCAUUUCUUCAACUGGUUGAACAAUGCUUAAGAGCGUAAUGCUAUGCAUGAUUAGUAAGGGGAAAGUGCUAUUCAUGGCCCAGGUUUGCUAGGAGUUGCAUGGCUUUUUUCGAGCUGAACAUGCAUAGUAUUGCACUGUAAAGGAGCCUGCACCAUUAGGAGUAUAUUGGGAACUGUUUGAGAAUAUUGUGUUUGCAGUUAGUUAAUCCCAUCUGUGUGCACUGAUCUGUCUUACCUUUUCAUAUGUCACUUUAGGACUGCUACGUUUUUGAAUCGCAACCUAAGGAAUCAGUGAAUUCAUGCUGUAGUAUCGGUUUCUGUGCUCACUAUCUGUAUUGGAAGGCAUUUCAAAGGAAAGUAGAAGUUGAUUCAAAAGCACACACAAAGCACAACGGGCACUUCAAAAUGUGGUUAGGAAAUGGUAGAAAAAAGUAGAGAAUUUCUUAACAGUCUUAAUUCUAAUAUUCCUGAGCAAGUUGUAGCUACAAAGUAGAAAUCUCCUUUGGAAGAUCCCCUUUUCUAUGGUCUUAUGGGUAGCAUUUUGCUCGGUGAAACAGCUGACAAGUGCACCAAAUGACUGGAAUAAUGUACUGUAUUGAAAAUGUUUGUUCUGUUGAAGUUUGCUUUUCUGUAGGAUUUCCAGAAAAUGAAGUAACUUAAAUUGAAACCUGAUUGUUGAAGCAAGUCUCUGAUCUUUGUGGAGUUUAGCGCCCAAACAGCCUGUGUGGAGUAUGUGUUCUUUAGAUAUUUCUGUGAAGAUGCUUUCAUCAGUCUGAGGUAGCUCAUGAACUUGAUGACUAGUUUGAGGGACAUUUUAACUAAUACUUUCUAAACACAAAACCUUGUUGUUACAGCUAGUCAGCCCAAUAGUAUAUUGUUAUAACGUAGUCCAUAAUUUAAUAGUUGCUCAUCUGAUUUAUGUAAUCUCUGCUGACUUGCUUAUCUCUGCCUUUCAUAUGGUAAUUAAUUAACUUGCAAUAGUGUAGUUGUCUACAGCAGCCAUCACAAGUUGAGUACCUUGAAAUUUUCCUAUCUUUUCCUUUCAAUGGAGAUAAGCUUAUAAAUUCAUUUAGUAUUGUCUAUUAAUUAAUGCAGAAAUGGUGUUUGGUAAGAUGGCAUGUUCUUCAACUCCUGGACUUAGUUUUAUCUCCAAGUGAAAUAUCUCUGAACUAAAUAUUUCAGAAUUAAAUGGUCAGAGAUGGGGCAUACCCUUAAAUUAUAACUUGGAAUAAGCUGAAAAGGUAAAAAGUCUGCACUCAUGUCAAAUACAUUUGUAGAGACAUUCCCAUUGUAUAAACUUAUUCACAACUAAGGUCUUUGAAUUUCAGCAGCGAUUAAAUGAAGCUCGGCUGUCAAGCUAGGAGCUCUUUAUUAUAAGGGAAACAGGUGUUUGGAUUAGAUCACUUGGAAUCCAUUUCCCCAAAACCAUAUUCAUUUUUUAAACUACUUGUUUUAAAGCUAGAUGUUAAUUUUAACCUGGUCAUCAGAGGCGUGUAACCAUUACUUUUAGAGGGCUACUGCAAGUUACUGAACUCUCCAUAUUUUUCAUGUUUUUAUUCAAUGGGUUGAGUCCUUUGGCUCUAUUAUUUUAAAGAGCUCUAGAUUGUUCAUCAAUCAGCAGUGUGGAUUCAAAGAUGCUGUGCAUAUGCAUGAGCAGUUGCUUAUCCCUGAGAUGGCCCUUUCUUCAGUAAAAGGUCCAAAGCCAUUCUCCCUUGAACUACAAUUGUGUAAUUUCUAACUUAAAAGUGUGAGACUUUAAAUAAAACCAUCCUGGUACCUUGCUAGAACAAUCUCUAUGUAGGUUGCUUGGAUAAGAAGGAACCAGCUUGCUGUAUAUGAGUAUUCAGAAGUUUGUUAUCUGCUUAUGUUACUGUCUCUUUUCAUUCUCCUAGAACAGCUGGGAUUUGUAGUUGGAAGGUGUACUUUCAUCCUAAAUUUCAUGUGAGAAUCAGGUCGGCUUAGUAGUGUGUUAUUUUAAAAUGUGGCUUUGUACAUAAUUUGUAGUGGCUCCAACAGGUGUUAAUUGUGACAGAUAAUGAGGUGGGGAUUUUGGUGUGGAAUGUUCUGGGCUUUCUCUUGAUUCAGAUCUAUUUCUUCUAGCAAAACAAGUUCUGUUGUGGUACAGGAUAACUUUUUUUUACUUCCUUUCACUUGUACUGUGAAAAUACCAUUUUAAUGCUUUCACUUGUACAGUUAAACUGAAAACCCAGCACAAUACAAUGCCCUUUGCACUCAGUGCAUGUGCGUUUCCAAACUUGGAGGCUUAUAUGCAUCUGAUGCCCAGCAUAAGGUGUGGAAGAAAUUUCUGCCACCUCACAUACUGCACAGCUACCUAGAUGUAGUGCUAAGUAGGGGAAAUGAAGGAGAAUGGGAGUUCUAUUUACAUAUGACUUAAGUGACUGGCCCAGCCCCUUCUUCUCAUCACUCCCUGGCACACCCCUUUUCCUUCUCUCCCAAGGUGGAUAUUCAACUUUGGAGAAGCAGUCAGUUUGAUUAUUCCAGUGCCAGCUGCGAGGACCUCAGAGCUGGGGCUCUGACUGUGCCCCGGCCCCAGACAACAUUGGGAAUGCAUAGGAUAAUGCCCUAAAACCCCAAUAAUUUUAUGUCCUUUCAUGACACCCACAAUGUUGGAAUGAUCUCCUCACUAUAGCUAUGAUAGGGCUGGCCCUGUCCAGUGACUAGCAAUAUAAAACAUGCAAAUUACAUUUAGAUAAUAAAAUGAAUGUAAUAAACCUUCCUUGUGUUCAGCAUUAUUCAAGUAGGAGCACCUUAAUUUUAUCAAAACAGAUCAGUGAUCAAACUGAGACAUUUAAGAAAGAGGUAUAUAUAAACCGUCUACUCAGUAAUUUUUUGUACUAUGCCAAAAGGUUGUGACAGUGACUGUUAACAUCAACAAGUGUAAGUGCUGAUGUAGCAAAAGGACAUUUUUAAAUUUAAGUCUAGAAGUAACAAGAUGUUUUUAAUUUUUCAUUAUCUUUGUGCAAAUGAUAAGACAGAAAUUGCUCUAUUAAAUAUUUGAACUUUAAAAUGCUUUAAAUAUUUUUAAGUGGAAAUACUACAGUGUCAAGUGACUUUUUUGCAAUUUACAGUAACAAAUGGACAUAGGAAAAAAGGUCCUUCCUGUAUCAAGCAGGACAUUUCAACCUUGGUUCUUGGUCUGUUCUCUCUCUAAUACUACAAUUUUUUAAAAGAAAGUUUAGCUUUACUUUUACUUGGUUAUGACUGGUUAUGGAUUUUAAAAGCUACCCUAAGCGGUCCUGAACAGGCUAAGCAGUACGCUAUAUUUAAUACUUAGAUUAAAUAAGUAUUAUACACUGACACUAAAAACUGCAGUUCAUCCAUGACUGCAUUAGGUUGAUAACAUAUUCAGGUGAGUGACUAUGAGUUACGAUUUUGUAAGAGUUUUUCUGGAUAAAAAUAUUGCAACUGUAUAGUCUUUUCUAGUGAUCUUCCAUUAUUAACCAAGUAGAAUAGAGCUCCUCCAGUUUUUGAAAGCUUUUACCAUAAUUCCAAGAAAAAUAAAAUUUGCUGUUCCUCUGCCACAGAAGCAUUUGCUGAGGUAGGGAUUUGAGACGUAUACACAUGAACACUCAAAUUUUAUUAUUAGAAUAUGAAAUAAACACAUCUGCAUUUCUGUUCUUUAAUUUACUGCCAUAAUUUGUAUUUUGAAGAAUUUGGAAUGUAUUGCAAUUUUUAUCAAAAGGAAUGUUUUGUAUUUGAUGUGUAAAUACAAUAUGGAGCAGAGAGAUGGCUCCUUUGGAACAUUUAAAACUGAAGUGGGGAUAGAAAGGGAUUUGGGUAUCAAGUGCUGACUCUUCAGGGCUAAGUUCAAGUCACACAAGAACUAUGCCACUUCUGAAAUUCAUCCCUCAGGAUAAGUUUGCAGGAACAGCACAGGAAGCAUGUUCCAAAGCAGAGACCAUGGACCAAGAAGCCCUUCUGAAGGACUUGGUCCAACCCUAGGCCCUUUCCCACACAGAUAGCAUGAUCCCACCUCAUAAAUACGUGGGUGUGGCAUAAAAAUGUUAUAAAUAAAUAAAUAAUAUACAAUUUCAUGAGUUAUGAAAGAAAAAAAAUAUCCCCUUUAAUUCUGAAGAGUACAUCGGCUACAUUUUGGAUAUUUCACAAUGGUUUUCCCACCCUUUUCAUUUAUCAUAACAUCCAGCCUAAAGAAGAGUCAUAUACAAAACUUGCUAUUUGGUAACAUUUUGAUUGGUAUUAAUAAAAACUUUGCUCUAUUUAAGUUUACUUUAAAAAAUCAUUUGGCCAAAUGGCUGUAAAACAUCUAUACAUAGAUAAUUCACUUUAAACCUUUAAUUUUCCUGAUUUUUCAUGGCAAAAUCAUGAAUUAUGGUUUUGAUCACAAUCCUGGACAUUUGGGGAAAAAAAAACAUGAACCUGACAGUGCAGCGCUACUCUCCCUUUAUGUAAAUCUUUGAAUUUGAUGGUGCUAAACUCAAACUACCUUUUAAAAUUCAUAUGAGAAGCACCUGAGAAGUUGUGAGAAGUACCUGAUAGUCGUCCUUUGCUGUUAACUGCCACGGACACAAUUUUGUAUUGAAAUCAUGAGUUCCUCUAGUUCUUGUUCACCUUAGCCAGGGUGAAGAAACAGGCUGUGGUCCAAAUCUGCCUGUUCAGAAUUCCUAGAUGAACCUUCCCUUUCCCCACCAUUGAUUACUGGGCAAUUGUCUGGCUUGUGUGCGGCUAUUUCCAUUCUGGAAUGUUUCUUUUAAGGUAAUUACUGACAAUAAGAUAUUUAAGCUAAAAUGGUCUCAGUUCUGCCACUUUUGCCUUGAGCUCUAUCCCUUGAGAAAUAUGUUCUUCAAGAACAACUCCAGAAUGGAAUUCAAGCAUUUUACUGAAAAAGGUUCAACAUUCUUGGUGUACCAUUUGAGCCAAUUGCAGAAAGGCCUGUUUUGUUUUGAAAAACUGGAGGAUUGAUUGGUGUUCUUAGUUUUCUUUGUUUAACCUUUUACAUUUCCGGUCAACAUGGCAGUGUGGGGUUUGUGUGGGAGAGUAGGUGAUAGAAAAUGAACUCUAGACAGGGUUGUGGGGAAAAAACAUGUAUUUGCUCAUAUGCAUUUGGGGAUUGUAAAACUUUGCAGCAUAACAGCUCCUGCUGUUCCAAGGAUCAACUAUAGUGCUUUACAGUGCAGCUAUCCCACCUGCCUAGGGACAAGGUGCUUGAGAAAGUGCAUCACAUAUGGAAGUACGUACCUUUGUUCUCUCAAACCACAAGGCCUAGUUUAUCUAACAAAAGCACACUUGGUUCUAGAACAGGACACUUCACAAUUUCCCUUGUUCUGGUCUAAUGCUGCUUCUGAUUGGCACUAGCAAAGUUCACAAGAUCUGAGCAACAGGACCACAGAUACUGGGAAUCAGAUUGCCCUAAAUAUUCCUAAGCAUGAUGUACUUGAUGUAUUUAGCUUCAGCCCCACCCCUUUCAUGGCAAUGAGGUUGCUUGAGAUGGUAAAGUGUGCCCUUCCUAUUCUUGAGCUCUGCCUUAUGUUGUGCACCUCCAGUGAUACCUAGUACCUCUUCCUUGGUUCUAUUCGCUACUGUUCUUGUUCAUCAUGAAAGUGCUAAUUCAGAUGUUCAGGUACUGUUAACAUGCAGCUGAUACAUCUUGCUGGCUAAAGUUGUACCAUGCCCUGACUUCUAGAAGCAGCCUUCUACUGAUUUAUAUAAAGAAGCUCUCCUUGGAUGUGGUCUCGAGAGCUAGAAAAUGUUUGGAUUUCAUGGGAGGUAUCCCACUCUGCAGUGAGCAGAGGUUUCUCUGCUGUCACAUAAUCCUUUAGGGUAUUUUUUCCAGGUAUAAUGUGAUACAGAGAAACAUUACUUAACACAUGUCUUUUUCUGUUUUAUGUCAUUGGACUAAAGAAAAGAGCAGUUUAGUUUCUGCUUACCAGUGAAACUCACAACUAUAAUACAUUUUUGUAUUUCAACAUCUGAUUGAUUUUAGUUGAAAGGAACCAUCACAUAUAAUUUGCUUUAAUUUGGAGAGAAAACCUGAAAUGAAGCUAAUUUUGUUCUAUAGGCAUAGGAUGGGACACGAGCACGUGGGGACACCAUGAAAUAUUAGCUCUUAAAUAUUACCUGUAAAACUGUGAAAUUCAGUAACAUUUGUAUCUAAAAUUAUGUGCCAUGCACAAAGUUCUUUGUGGUGUGUGCUAACGUACUUGUUCCACAAGGUAAUGCAGUAAAGCCAAUGGAUUUUUGUAUAUCUCGCUUCAAUAUGGUAUAUACUUUUGUAGCCAUUUUUAAUGCCUGGUCUAUUCGAAUUUUAGAAGUUUAUAGAGUCUGCUUCCACAGAUGGUGCAUGGAUAUAUUUGAUGGUAUAAGCUAAUUAAUUGUGCUUUUUAUUGUUACAGUUCUAAAUUUGAGGUCACCCUGCUGUUAAACACAAAAGUAUUUGUCCUUCAGAAUGCAACAGGUAUUUGGUUAGAUAGGAAAUUAGACUUAUUUCUUUUAUAUAUAGUACUUUCUCAUUUCUUUGUGCUGUCAGAGAUAUGUGUGAGAAGUCUCCUAGCCAACAACCCUUUUAUUUGGGAAGGUUUAAAAGUUGUUCCUGCUAUAUUCUUUUAAAAAUAUAUUAUCACUGUCCAGAGUCCAUUUUGUAUUGGCACAAAUUGCAAAGAUCCUUGUGAACUUAGAUACUGACUACAGUGAUACCAGACAAGUACUUCUCUGCCUGUUGAUAUAGAUCAGCCAGUGCUUGCUUUUUGAUUAUCUUUAGCAUCAUCAUUCCUUUUAUGGGAGUGCAAGCUUGUUUAAUGGCCUCUUCCUUUCAUAAUCAUUAGUUUGUCAUCGUUCUUAACCUUCUGGUUCUUUGUGGUCUCUGACUCACUCAUGGGUUCUAUGCCACAGAGUGCAACUUUCAAACAUUCUAGAAAUAAACUUUCUGUGCAACCUUUGAUUUGGGCAAGAAGAAUGCAGAUUUCUACUUCAUCUUUGACUCCAAAAAAAAAAAAAAAGAGAGAGAUUUAUUUCCUCUUCCUGUCAGCCUCCACUAUAAUUCCUGAGGAAACUUGUAGGCAGUACGAAAGAACUGGAUCUGAAAGAAGUCCAGAGAAGAAACAAUAGUGGCACUGGAACAAAGUUUAUCCAUUGAGCAAGGCUUUUUCUUGAUUUAAUAGAGCACAUGCAAGAACUCACUGCCUAAACUAACUCUGAAUAAUAUAAAUGUGAAUCCCAUUCUUCCUGUAGAAAGCCUUAAGUUCAUUCAGUUACUUUCUUUAAUGGUAGGCUAUAGAUCAGCUCAUACAUAUGUUAAUAAAGUGGUAAUUGCCAUUAUUUCUCAACUUGAAUGUGUGAUGUUUCAAUUGUAAUGAUUCACUACACACAUUUGCUGCUUAUUUCAAGCAAGUACUUCUAGAAUACAUGUGCGCAUACAUGAAUGUGUCCAGCAGCUAAACUAGGAAAUAAAAGGCAGCAAUCCGCUAUAACAGGAUUCCCGACCAUUUUGGACCUGUGGGCACAUUUGGGAAUUUGAGAAGCCACCCAAUGGCUUCCAUUGAGGAUUUGGGAGUGAGAUGACCGCUGCUCGGGGAGCCUGACUAGGUGAGAGGAUGUGUGGGGAGGCAGAAAAAGUGGAAAGGGAGCGGGAAUGAAAAGAAGUGCUUCCUGGCUCCACCCAGGCUGCUUCUGUCCACACAGACAGUUCACAAUAGCUUGCUUUCUCUCCUCUCUACCCACUUCCUGCCUCUACCUUUUACCCUUUCUCACCUCCUCCAUCCCUAGUUUCUUUCUGUCCUCUUCUUCCUUCUUUCUCUCUUCUCUAUACUUUUCCCUUGCUUUCUCUUCUAGCCCACUGAUUGGUGGCAGGUUCACGAACAAAAAAACUUAGUGUACUAAAAGUACCAUUUUUGAAGGGGAUAGGGAGUGAAGAGCUAGGCUGCUACCAUUGGAGCUGUCAGGCACCAGGGUGUCCACAGGUCCCGCACUGGGGACCUCUGUUAUAUAGAGACUAAUAUUUGAAGUACAUUUUCCCCCAGUAGUUUAAAAUGAGAAUCUUGUGAGACAAACUGUAAGAAAAUAAUGACAGUUUAAAGUAGGCACCCCCCUACUUGUAAGUUUGCCAAAGUAUCAAGUUGCCCCUGAAGAAAAAAUGGGCUAAACAUUGCUUUGCAGAUGCUAUUGUUAGGCAUAGCCUCAGGAAAAUGUAAGUCUUAGAUUACUUGUAGUUGCUGAAAGCCAAAAGCCAUUCUUAUGCUAAUUAAUCCACCUGGUUUUUUUGAGAGAGGAUGUUAAAUCAGAACAAAGGCCUUUUGUAUGCACUAUUUGCUGUGCCCGAGGUGCUUUUGUAUGGGGUAACAAACUGACCCCACAUGUGACUAAUAGUGGGGAUCAUCAUCUCAAAACCUGUCUUCUGAUGAAAAACUGGGCAGGCACUGACCUAUUCAACUUUUGAAAGUCCUCUCCAUAUUGCUGGACUGGGGAACCUAUGGCUUCCCAAUGUGUUUGGACUCCAUUUCCCAUCUGCCUCUGCCAGCCUGGCCAGAAUAAUGGGGGUAUGUGUCCACCAACAACUGGAGGGCUACAGAUUUCCUAGUUCUGUCCUAGCAGACUGCUGUAUGACCUAUAGUUAGAGUUUACUCCUCUGAAGUCAGUUACAUACUAACACAAGUGUUUCAAUGCAAAAUUUGAAAACAAGUGAGUUGUUUACCUGCUUCUGACAUUUCCUAUCAAUAGUGCAACAACUGCUACCAGUACAAAGUGUUAGAGUUACAAGUAUGUUGGAGAAUUGUUGGGCUACAAUGUUGGCUAACAUGUUCUCUUUCCUCAGUUCUGAUGCCUGCAUUGUACUUCAAAAAGCAAAUUGAUCAGGAUGAAGCAAGCUUGAACUGACUGUGUCCUGAACAGAACCUAAUAACUUCUUCCAGCUUCCAUCUUGAAUCAUGUUUUGGUGGUUUAAGGUUCAGACACACUGUUUUGUAAAAUGAUACUUUGGAUUGCGGGGAGAGAGGGAAUCUUUAGUCAUGCCCUGCAAGAGAGUGUGUUUGUGCUGAUCAUGACAAAUAGACUUUAACCCUAAACCUGCUUGCUUGGAAAUAAAUUCCUUUGGAAUCAGGGGAAGGGGAGUAGUGUUGUGUAACCAUGUGUAGUAUCAGGUUAUUUGUUGCUAUAUUGCUGCUACUUUAAAUGGAUAGAUAUAUAAGGUGGUUGUGUGGAAACAAUGCGAUAUGUGCAAGGGUCUUAUGGACCCUUAUUUUGCUUCCCUCUUCCCUGCCCCGCCAAGUUGGGGUUUUGUCCCAUAUGUUAUGGUAGGGGUAUUACUUUUAACAGUAUGUGUGUGCGUGAAUAUUACAAAGCAUCAUUUGGAGAAGGUCUGCAUGUUUGUGGUUCAUAAGCAACUAGGUGCCUCAUGUUCAGGACUUGAGCAGAUAAGACCCCCCCCCCCCCCCCCCCCCGGACACACACAUUUUGCACUCUUUAGGCUUGAUGCUUCAAAGUCCAUUGAAACCAGUAGGGAAAUUCCUGCUGACUUGAUUGACCUUUUGUUUGAAUUGGGCCUUAUGCUCCUGCCUUCGUUGUGCCUCACUGAAAAUGGUGCUUUUCUGAUCAUCUGUCUCUUCUGGUUUUGAUUUUUAAGGUGCUGUAUAUAACUUGAAUAUAUGAUGCAUAUAUCCUACCCAAUGGGUAGAACAGAAACAAAAAGAGACCCAUUGUUAAUACUGUAAAAUGAUGUAUAGCAGAUAAGCAUUUUAACAAAAAAAGGCAUAGAACUUGUAAAUGCCUAGUUUUCUGCUUCUGCCUUUCCUUUCCUUUCCUUUCCUUUCCUUUCCUUUCCUUUCCUUUCCUUUUCUGGCAAAAUAAUAUGCAAAGCAAUGCAUACUAAUGGUAAGAAGUCUGUGUAUUUUUUAUUUUACUAUGAAUUAUCAAAAUAGUAUAAGGGAAAAGGAAUCUUUGAGCAAACCACUUUAAACUAGCCUGUUGAUGGUAAUUGGUUGCUUAAUGCAUCUUCUCUAUAAGGAGUCUUUGGUGAGUGUGUUCGUUUGUGCCACUUUGAAAACACCCCACUUCACUCUUUGUAGCAGCUGCUGAUUCUGUUGUUGCUUUGUGAUAAAAUUGAACCAGUAUUUGGCUUUUCCCCAUCAACCAAUAUUUAUUUUGUUCCAUAUCAAUCUAGAGAUAGGUCAGAUCCUAGAACCUGUAUAUUUGAAACAGCAACUUUUAAAAGAUAUCCUUUUGGUUAAAGUAGAAACUUUAAACCAUGCCUGAAAAAUGUAAGAUGGUGAAGCAUUUUUAUCUUUCAAGAGUUAUAUUUUAUGCUCACUUCUGAUUUACAGUAUGUCUAGAUGGUGAGUUGAGCAUUCAUGUUCCGUGCACAUCUUCAUUUUGCACUCUGUGUAUGCUGGGCACUUCUGCCCAUCUCCAGUCUCAGCACAGACCAUAGUGCACCAUGCCGGGUCUCCGCUGGUUCCCAUUCUGCUAGCUUCAUGCACUUUUGAUUUUAUCACAAGCAUUGCUUUCAGGAUGUGUCAUCCUAAUUUAUCCUCCCUACUUUUUUGUGCAAUUUUUAAAAAACCUGGUUCCACAUUACAUAUUGAUAUCAAGAAUGCUUGAUGUUAGGGUGACUUUUGAAGGAUGCUGGUCAUGGAUUUCUUAGUUGUCCAUCUGGCAAGAUGAACAGCCUUUUUCUGGCCAAUGCCGUUAAGAAUUGUGAAAGUGUUUUAGUGAGAGAGAGAGAGAAACAAUGCGAUAUUUUGCUUUGGGGCUUUGUUUUUAAUUUGAACAAUGAGAUGGGAUUUUGCUUAUGAGAACAAGGAGAAUAUUCUUUUGUGUGGGCUGGAGUGGUGUACAGCAAGGUUGACUUCACAGUACAAGUUCACCAUCUGUCCACAUUCUAUCCUGCUUCUAGAGUUUAGGUUUGUUAGGCCAAGCAAAUACCUCAGAAGUAUAAGGCAUACUUUUAGAUAAGAGAAUAUUAUAAUCACCCUGUUUUGAAAGGACCUUUAAAACAAAAUACCUAUCAAUAACCUUAAUUACACACAAGAAUUCGGUCAAGUCCAGAAUAAUCUUGUGACCUAGGAGUGGGAAACUCCUUUAUAUUGUUUGGCCUCUUUUGAUCCCCUUUGACAACCAUAGUGAUAACAGGAACAUCUAAGCUGAAUUCAGCAGAGCUGUCCUAGUAAAUUUUUCCUCUUCCCAGGGCACAAAUUAAUGGUAGACCACAAGUUCAAUACCACUGGUUUAAACCCAAUGGUUUCCCAUGUCUGUUGGUAGCUUUGUUAUCUUGUAGCCAUGAACAUAACACAAUGGUUUCAAGGGAUGUGCUGAAAAUUAUGUUUGUUUGGCAGCCACUGCCAGAGAUCAACAUCAAGUUAAUUGCUGGAUAGACUGAUCCAAAUCUGAGGAAAGGUCUGCCAGGUCUUCGAGGCCAAAGAAGUUCAGAAAUGUGCUCUUUGCUCUGUUCUUGUUAACGUAUAAUUUCUGUACUGGCCUCCCAUUUUGCUCAGUAAUAUCCUUCUAGGAAAUAACUACUUAUAUCCUGUACCAGGAUAAUAAUUGCCACUCACAUCCUCUAAUAUUAUGGUGUUUGUGGGGUUUUCAUAUCCUUACAGAUUGUUCUGUUAGUCCAUCUCCACACCCAUACUGUGCUGUUUUAGGAAAUCUACAAUGAUACUUGAGUAUGCACAGCUUAUUAGUAUUGUUAGUUCAUUUGGUUGGAACACAGAGUGUUAACUUAAAAAUUUUGUUGUACUGAUCUUUUCCUUGUUUGCUCUGCACUAUUGUGAUUUUUGGAGUAGAAGAAACCUUGCAUGUUACUGAACUAUGUGCCAGGUGAUAUCUAGAAUGCACAUUGCAAUAACAGAUGUUGUGGACCAAGCAAGAUGUUGCCUCCUUUAAAAAUCACCACUCUGCUUUGAAGCUGCAGUGGUGGAAAGAAAUGAUAGAGCCUAUCAAGUAGGCAUGGAGGUCUCUGUUCAUAUUUUUUCUCUUAUUAGAAAGCAUCAUAAUUUUAGAACAAAACUAAAUGUACACAUAUUUUAAUCAGAAACGAGAGCUUGGGGCAUAUUGUUAACAAAAAUUGAAGCAGAUAGUUCACUUUACCACUUUACAGAUAAUUUCUUUAUCUGGAGUGCAAAAGCAAUUAACACCUUACUGCAGAACUUGAUAUUCAAGAAGCUUGUCAAGUAGUUUAGAUACAGAUAAUGUUAUGAAGAUCUGUAUACAAACUUGACUAUUAGAUAUUGGGUUGGAUCCAGAUUAGUUAUUUUGUGAACAGAAGGAUUCCUUCCAAUUGAUGGAGGGAACUGGGAUCCAGUGAAUGCUCCCUGCUGGAGGAAGGCGUGGAGAGACAAUUUUCAAAUUCCCCCUUUCUGCUGCAGCACUCUGUGUUAAUCUCUCAUGCUGCUGUGAAUAGGGGCAUCCCCUACCUCCCCAGAGAAGAAAACACAGAGGACUGGUGGGGGUGGGGGGAAGAUGGAAUCAUGAAGAUUACCAUGAAGAUUACCACUCCAUUCUUUCAGCUGAUGCAGAACUCAGCUAAGUGCUACUCUGGACCCACUGAAUUUACUUAUGAAUUCUUGCCUGCUUUCAAUACACUGACCAUCUGUAUUGUGCAUUAGUGUUAAUUUUGCAGCAUAUGAUGUUUAUUACACAAUGAGAUGCAUAUGAUUUGUUGCUUUCCAUACUGGAUCACGCGUCCUGCUUUUAUAUAUGCCCGGGUUGCUUGUAUGUGUGUUUAUGUUGUUUCAAGGUAUUUGGACAGAAAAACAAGAGCACUAUCCACAAUAUUUAGUAUUUCAUUUGAAGUUUUUAAAGUUAUUUGAAACAAAAAACAGCCAUGUGGUUUAUAUUGGAACUUCUCAAUGGUGAUUCAUGUGAAGCUAUAAGGAAUCUUAACUUGCUUUAAGCAUCUUGGUAUUCCUUUUAACCUAAUCAAUUUGCUGCUUAAUUUCUAAUGUAACUCGCGAUUAUAUGCAGAAAAAGAUUUCAACAGUUGUGUACUUGCCUCCUUUUAACUGAGCAAAUGGUGAUGUUCUAGUAUUUAGACCUAAGGUCUGUUAUCGCAAUACUUUUAAAGGAAAAUGUUGCUCUAAGUGCUGUUGUUAGUUUUAAAUACAGAUUUUAUGCUUGUUCUUAAGAAGCUGUGGUCAAACCACAGAACAAAACUAUUAAAAAAUCAAUACAUUAA